CGUACUAAGCAGUACGCAGAGAACUGUGCGCCGGUGCUAUGAGCGGGACGUGCGGUUUUGACAUGCGGUGUGUGCACCGUUUCGCCUUUUCCACGCGCGCCCUUAGCUCAGUGAUGUGCGUGCACUCGCGCCCGCACUCGCGGCUGCGUGCUGCCCCGGUUUCUUGCGUAAGAACGACAAGCGGGAAAGACGAGCCGUGAAGAUCGGAGGCGCGCGCACAAAGGACACAUAAAUUCAGCCGGAAUGACGACUUGUGACGGAGGUCCCCGUGCAUCCGCACUCCGCCGCUCGUAAAACACACACACACACACACACACACACACACACACACACACACACACACACACACACACACACACACACACACACAGAGCCUCCUUUGGCUCCGUUGGAUUUCCACGCGAUCAUCAUGCCGGUGCGGCGGGGUCACGUCGCGCCGCAAAACACCUUCCUGGGGAUCAUUAUCCGUAAAUUCGAGGGUCAGAAUAAGAAGUUUGUGAUAGCAAAUGCCCGAGUGCAAAACUGCGCCAUCAUCUUCUGCAACGACGGCUUCUGUGAAAUGACGGGCUUCUCACGGCCAGACAUCAUGCAGAAGCCGUGCACGUGCGACUUCCUGCACGGCCAGCUGACGAAGCGGCACGCCGUUGCACAGAUAGCGCAGGCCCUGCUCGGCUCGGAGGAGAGGAAAGUGGAGAUCACGUACCACCGCAAGGAUGGUUCUGAUUUCCUGUGCAACACCCACAUCAUCCCGGUGAAGAACGAAGAGGGCGUGGUCAUGAUGUUCAUCCUGAGCUUUGACUACAUCAUGGAUGACGGGAGCAUGGACUCGCUGGAGCGCAUCAACUUCACGUCACCGUCCAGACCCCAACACAGAAAGGGCCGUUUCUUCCGUUUUCGCCUCCCCGUGGCGCUAAGCAUGCUGGGACUCAGUAAGCAGUCCCUUCCUCAGGAGGACCCGGACGAGGUGACCGUCUGCUCGCCCGAACAAAUGGACAUGCACUCGUCCUGCGCCUCGUCUUCGUCCCUGUCUCUAUCGCUCUCGCCGCACGAGCUUCACCCUUCCACACAAGACAGCUGCAGCCCCUCCUACGCCAAUGACACCAGGGCUCUGAUAGGUCAAACCCUGCUGGACUCCUCCUCUCCUGCCUCCGGACCUCAGGACCAAUCUUCACCGAGGGACACGAGGGAAAGGACCGAACCUUCCGGAUCGGUGGCCAGCGGGAGCGUGUGUACGCUGCGCAGAGCCUCGUCCACACAUGACCUCGAGGGUUUUAACACUCAUGUGGACAGGACGUACCGCGGUCGCCAUGCUAGUGAAGGGCCGUUCAGCCAGAUCAAGUGCAGUCUUCUGGGCUCCACGUCCGACUCGAACCUCACCAAAUACAGCACCAUCAACAAGAUCCCACUCAUCACGCUCAACUUCUCUGAGACCAACAACGACAAACGCCCCGCUUCGCCGCCCUCCUCUGAGAAAACCAUCAUCGCGCCGAAGGUCAAAGAUCGCACGCAUAAUGUCACGGAGAAGGUCACGCAGGUUUUGUCAUUGGGUGCCGACGUACUUCCAGAGUACAAGCUCCAGACUCCACGCAUGGACAAGUUCACCAUCCUGCACUACAGCCCGUUCAAAGCCGUGUGGGACUGGCUCAUCCUGCUGCUUGUCAUAUACACAGCCAUUUUCACACCAUACAGCGCCGCCUUCUUGCUCAACGACCCCGAGGAAAAGAACAGGCGCGCGUGUGGCUACUCGUGUAACCCGCUUAACGUGGUGGACCUCAUCGUGGACAUCAUGUUCAUCGUCGACAUCCUCAUCAACUUCCGCACCACGUACGUCAACGCCAACGAAGAGGUGGUCAGCCACCCAGCCAAGAUCGCCGUGCACUACUUUAAAGGAUGGUUCCUCAUCGACAUGGUGGCCGCCAUUCCCUUUGACUUCCUCAUAUUCGGCUCGGGAUCAGAGGAGACCACAAUUCUGAUCGGUCUGCUGAAGACGGCCCGGCUGCUCCGACUGGUGCGUGUGGCCCGUAAGCUGGACCGUUACUCUGAGUACGGUGCCGCAGUGCUCAUGCUGCUAAUGUGCAUCUUUGCGCUGAUCGCUCACUGGCUGGCGUGUAUCUGGUACGCCAUCGGAAAUGUAGAGAAACCUUAUCUGGAUCACACCAUCGGCUGGCUCGACAACCUCGGCAUGUCCAUCGGCAAGCAGUACAACUACAGCGACCCCUCCUCGGGCCCGUCGAUCAAGGACAAGUACGUGACGGCGCUGUAUUUCACGUUCAGCAGCCUGACGAGCGUCGGCUUCGGGAACGUCUCGCCCAACACUAACUCGGAAAAGAUCUUCUCCAUCUGCGUCAUGCUCAUCGGAUCCCUGAUGUACGCCAGCAUCUUUGGGAACGUUUCGGCCAUCAUCCAGCGUCUGUACUCGGGUACGGCUCGAUAUCACCUCCAGAUGCUCCGCGUCAAAGAGUUCAUCCGCUUCCACCAGAUCCCCAACCCUCUGCGCCAGAGGCUGGAGGAGUAUUUCCAACACGCCUGGACCUACACCAACGGCAUCGACAUGAACAUGGUACUGAAGGGAUUCCCUGAGUGUCUGCAGGCAGACAUCUGUCUACAUCUAAAUCAGUCUCUGCUGCAGGGCUGUAAGGCCUUCCGAGGUGCGAGUAAAGGAUGUUUACGUGCUCUGGCUAUGCGCUUUAAGACGACACACGCUCCGCCCGGCGAUACCCUGGUGCACUGUGGUGAUGUGCUCACUGCUCUGUAUUUCCUUGGCCGAGGGUCUAUAGAGAUCCUAAAGGACGACAUCGUUGUGGCUAUUUUAGGCAAAAACGAUAUUUUUGGUGAGAUGAUCCAUUUAUACGCCAAGCCUGGCAAAGCCAACGCCGACGUGCGAGCUCUCAGCUACUGCGACUUGCACACCAUCGAAAGAGAGGAGCUGCUGGAGGUGUUGGACAUGUACCCAGAGUUUGCAGACUACUUCUGGUCCAACCUGGAGCUCACAUUUAACCUGCGCGAUGAGAACGGCACGUUCAGCGGCGUUCGCCAGAGGAACCUGUACACAGCAGCGAGUGACUCGGAGCAGGAGGACAUCAACCCCAGGACAAAAGCCUGCUUUAAAAGCAAGACGUCUACAGGGACUCCCUGUCGCUACACAGUAGUGGAGAGAAACAGAGGCAGAGACAGAGACACACUGCAGGGACAGGAGGAAGAGGAGAAGAAGAAAAGUGAUGAAGAGGCAGAUGAGAAAGCGGAAGAGAGAAAUUUGGGCUUGGGGAUGCUCGGCCACUCCCUCCCUCUCAACCUGAACACGCUCCAGGAAAGACACACUAGGGACUGUGUAACUCUUCAUAAAGAUGUGUGUGUCGACAAAUGGCCUUGUGGGAACAUCGAUGACUCUGCACAAUCUCAGGACCGAGAAGGCGGAGUCGACUGUGACAGCGACAUCACGUUCGGGGAAAUGGAGCAAAGGCUGGACUUGCUGCAGGAACACCUGAACAGACUGGAGGUUCAGAUGACGUCCGACAUCCAGGCCAUCCUGCAGAUGCUGCAGAGACAGAGCGCCUUGGGGCCUCCAGCCUACAGCACUUUAGCCUCAAGCCCUGAAUACAACAAACCAGCCAUCCGAGUGCAGCCAGUUAUUGCUGGACACACACAGAGCCCUGAUUUAGAGAAGCCUAGUGAGAAAAACAACCCCAAAGACCGCACACUUCUCACUACCAUGGAGACGAGCUCUGACGUGAGCAGGAUUAAAGACUCCGAGUGGGAGGCGGAGCUUAGACCGACACAGGAAACGGAGCCUGAUUCUUCUCAUAAGGACACGACACCAGGUCUCCACAGGCCCUCUUCUGACCCUGGGCUUCCAGGGAGCCGGCAUUAGGUCAUCACAGAUAUCCACGUGAUAAGACUUGUUUAUAAUGCAUUAUAACCAUAUCUGGAAGUAGGAUGCCAGAGACGUUCUUCUCUCACACUGAAAACCAGCGCACGCUGGACUCAGGGUACAGAGUGAAAGUGUGAGUGAGAGAAUGAGAGAGUGAGAGAGAGAGAGAGAGAGAGAAAGAAGAAAAUUCUGUAUGCAAAGUACAACAUGUUGAUCAUCUUCCAAACCUUUUUUUUUUUUUUUUUUUUUUGGCGUUCUGACUCCAGCACACAGACGUGUGUAUGGUGCAGGGGAACUAACAAAAAAAACGUAGAAUGUAUUUCUUCAGCGUGACCGCACGCAACAUCAGCCGCGCCGGACAUGCAACCGUAGCAAAAGAAGAGGUGCAUGCUGGGAAGAAUGUGGUGUUUUUGUUAUAGUCGCAUGUUUAUUUAAAAAAGGAAGAAAAAAAAAAAAAAAAAGUCAUGCUGCUUAUCAACGUGACUCGAGCUUGAGUGUUUUUCUUUUCUCAAAUCUGACCUACGGUUGAGAAAAUGGUCUAUUUCUAUAAUAUCCUCCUGGAUUUCAGGAGCAGGCUUUACUCAGAUAGAAUCCAGACAAGAACCGUAUCGUAUCAUCUCAAUAUAUAUAUAUGUAUAUAUACACACGCUGUGUCGAAAAUCGUCCCCUAUUCACUAGUACCACAUACUGCAGGACAAACGAUCCAUAGGGUCAUAGGGUCGAGUCCAACCUCGUUCGGCUCGUUAUCCCGACGUCCACGAGGUGGACGUUUCUCGUGGACCUUUGGUCCUGUGCUGAGACCGAUCUUAGAUAAAGAAUUGGAAUUGUUAAAAAAUCAGGACCACAAGGAACAGAAUCUUUACACACGACAUUAAUACCAAACAUUCCAUCACCUACUAAAGAGCAGUUAUAGAUCCUAAGCAGUUUUUGAUUUGUCCACCGACACACACACCUUUUAGUAAACACACACGGUUUAGUAGUCGUGUGUAAUCGGGGGAAGUCGUGGCCUAACGGUUAGAGAGUUUGAGUCCUAACCCUAAGGUUGUGGGUUCGAGUCUCGGGCCGGCAAUACCAAGACUGAGGUGCCCAUGAGCAAGCCCCCCCCACCCCCCACCCUCCCCACCCUAAUACACCGUGACUACUAAAAGGCCAUACUACAGUAGCUCCAAAUAACACAGUGCAUUUUGGGUAUUUUUUAGGACACUAGGGUUAAAUACACUACCUGCAUUGUGGGAUUAAAAGAUUCCCCUGGGUUGUUUUUUUUUUUUCUGAACAAACUGCACUAUACCGUGAAUAGGGCUCAGAUUUUUUAGACACAGACCAUCUCAACUUUCAUGUUUUAUCUUCUUCAUUAACAUCAACGUUUCCUUUCUGUACGUUCAGCGUUGCGUCUCUGCACCGAAUACGUCCACGUACGCUGUCACGUGUUCGUUACGCUUUCUUAUUUAUUUCUUUUCAUUGAUCGCCUUUUGACUUUUAACGUACAUCCGAGUUACUUCGCUACUUCCUACGUUAUACCGGAUACGCCGUUAUGCGGGUGUGUGGCGUGUGGCGUGUGGUGUGUGCGCACGUCUUUCCUUCUUAAAGCGAACUUUUUAUUUAUUUUAUUUCUUUCUCUUUUUUUUUUUUCAAUCAGUACCAAGGAUUCAUUCCGUCUCGCUGUUAUAAAGAACUGAAUCAUGUCUGUUCUCAUAUUAUAUAUAUAUAUAAGAUUAUAUCAUGCUAGAACAUUAGAUUAUUUGAGACAGACAGGCUAAUAGAAAUUUAUAUCCAUUAACAUGUCAGACAUGAAGUAUAUCCUUUCCCACACGCAGCCCCAAAAACGAACAGAGCUGAUUCGUCUAUAAUCCGUCUGUCCUGCAUGUCCUCGUAUUCACCGACGUACGACAUAAACCCCAACUGCAAACUCCUAUCUAAUACGUUUAAUAUGUACAGCUCCAUCUCACCUGCAUGUUUUAACCAAAGUUAACUCUUUUUAAUUGUAUGGUAACGUAUUCAGCAUGUAGGCGAGGUGUGUGGCGCGUUUCACGCCGUGCCGAAAAAGGUCUUCCUGGGGUUAUGGCGCACACUCGUAUACGUGUCUUAACAGGGACCACGCACUCGAGAGUGGAGAUUUUAGACCCGAGAUGUACGCAGAAGGUAGAUUAUUAAACGGUGUGUCUAAUAAAUCGUGUAUCAAAACGUUUCCGUUCACGGAAAAGGAAUGACUAGAGUUUGGAGCUUAAAGUCAUGAUCCAUGUUCAGAGUUUAAGUAAGGCUGCUUUCACGCUUGGCUUUUUUUGGUCCAGCCGGAGCCUUUUGUGCGAGUGUUAGAGUGG